ACCUGUGCAGUUUGUUUUCAGUCUGUAAAUGUUAGGGCUGGUAUCCGUUUCAGACUUACGUUGACUAGCCUGACAUGAGCACCAUGAUGCUGCGUGUUCCACUGCUGCUCCUUACCGGGGCCCUGGUGGGCCUGGUGUCCGCACAAGACGGAAGUCAGAACGCCACCAAGCCACACAUACUCUUCAUCGUUGCCGACGAUCUAGGCUGGAAUGACGUAGGCUGGCACAAUCCUGACGUCAAAACACCUGUUCUGGACAAGCUGGCUCACGAAGGCGUCAUCCUCAACCAGUCUUACGUCAACUACGUCUGCACGCCGUCCAGAACUGCCUUCAUGACCGGGUAUUAUCCGUACCAUGCGGGGUCUCAGCACCUGGUGUUCUUGCCCCAGCAGGCCCAGGGCAUCCCGUACAACUUUACCUUCCUGCCCGAGAAGCUGAAGGACUUGGGGUACGCCACUCACAUGGUUGGCAAGUGGCAUCUUGGCUUCUGCAACUGGAAGUACACGCCGACCUACCGCGGGUUCGAUUCCUUCUACGGCUACUACAAUGCAGAUGAGGACUACUACACUCACGUUGUCGCUGGUGGACUGGACCUGCGAGACGACAAAGAAGUCGUGAACACAAAGAAUGGCCAGUACGGCACUUACUUCUUCACUGACCGGAUGGUGGACAUUAUUGAGAAGCACCCCGCGGACACACCGCUGUUCCUGUACCUGCCCUUCCAGAACGUGCAUGAGCCUUUAGAGGUUCCCGAACGGUUCGAAAACAUCUACAUGAACGUACAAAAUGAAAACAGGAGAAAACUUCUCGGAAUGGUGAGCGCGUUGGACGAGGCUGUCGGUAACGUUACAAUGGCGAUGAAGAACGCGGGAUUAUGGGACAACACUCUCGUGAUCUUCACCACUGACAAUGGCGGUUGGAUCAUUGCCAGUGGCAACAACUACCCCCUGCGCGGCGGGAAGGUGACCCUGUGGGAGGGGGGCACCAGGGGCGUGGCCUUCGUGCACGGCAAGAUGCUGCAGAAAACUGGCUACACCAACAACGAGAUGAUUCAUGCUGUGGACUGGUUCCCAACAAUCCUGGCGGCUGCAGGAGGUACUGCAGAUGACGCUAUGGACGGAGUGAGCCAGUUGGACACAAUCAUGUCUGGACAGCCCUCUCCACGCACUGAGUUUGUCUACAACAUUGACGACGUCUUCCCUACUAAACAGGGUGCCAUCCGGGUUGGGGAUUACAAGCUGAUCGAGGGCGUUGCCGGGAAGCCUGACGGAUGGAUCCACCCCGACAACCUGACGGACAGUCAGCUGGACAGCGGGGACCCCACCAGCGGCACAUGGCUCUUCAACCUGAAGGAUGACCCAACAGAACACCACAAUCUGGCGGACUCCAUGCCGGACAAGCUGAAGGAGAUGCAGGCGAAGCUGGCGGAGUACAGGAAGUCCCUGGUGCCGGCCAUCAACCCACCGCCGGACCCUAAAUCCUUCCCCAAGAACUGGGGAGGGGCGUGGUCACCCGGCUGGUGCUAGGCAACGGGGCGUGGUCACCCAGGUGGUGCUAGGCAACAAGGCGUGGUCACCUGGCUGGUGUUAGGCAACGGGGGGCGUGGUCACCCGGCUAGCAAACCACCUGUCUAGUUUUCUGAAAGUGUACGAAUUGUUAGUACAUGGGUUAUAACAUAUGUUAGAAUCAAUCAAAUAUGUGUUAAUUUGUAAGGGUUACAUGAGUCCAAACAUGGUCUAUAUUGGAGGAGACUAAGGCCUUCACAUGGUAAAAAUCCGCCAUUUUGAAAAAUGCUUGUUGCCAUGGCAACCGGCGGCUACAGACAUAAACCUCUGCCAUGUUUGUAAGUUGGGACAAAGUCCCUACCGCCACACAAAAUUCGAGGAAAAUUGGUUGUUUUUAUACAUUUUGAUUGUUUUUUACACACAUCGAAAAGUUGCGAAUACCGUCCUAAUGACAUUGAAGUGCAAUGAAAGCUCUUAAGGUAAGGUAAUAGACAGUGUUAAUGAGAAAUGAUUCAUACGAUGUUUUUUUUCACCUGACCCACUGACAAUAGGAUGCGGAAAUUGUACGCCUACAAUAAAAUGCGUAUCUAUGGGAACGUGGUGAUUUUCAGGCCUUAAUCGAAGCAGUUCCAUUUCACAGGUACUGAGAUGAAGUAAAGUGGAAUGAUAUGAUGGAGACUUUGGAAGGUCAUUGCAUGAUAACAUCUAAAAUUAAAACUGCACUUUAUGUUAUUAUAAAUUGUGUUGAUAUUCUUACACUAAGAAACAAGCAAGGUAAACGAAAUUACGUAAACUUCCAUAAAUUUCCACUUCUUUGAUAUCAUUUUUUUUCUGCAACUUAGUCAGUCCUCUUCUUUAUUUUCCUGUGGUCGUUAACGCAUUCCGGUUACCAGACUUCACUGUUCCAAAGUCUAUACUGUCUUCCAAACAUAUGU